GUUCUAACAUGAAGUACUCAAAAGCCGUAAACAAUGGAUUUUUAAUCACAAAAUAUUUCAACAUUGAUUUAAUAGAAGUGCGAUCAUGUAUCUAAUGCAGAGGUUUUGAAAACAGUUCAGUUCAUGAAAUGGAUAUCAGUCAAAAUGUAAAUGGCAAUCCUCUUCGUAAAUUUUGGAUAAAAUUUCAACGAUUUUCGCGAGGUCCUGGGAAAAGGAAAUUUUAUAUUGGGCUGUGUAUUGCUGUGUACGUUAUUGUCAGUUUGUUAGGUAUGUUUUAAUAGCUAGUAUUUUUGUAAAUGUUCUUUUUAUAAUCAGAAUCAGUGAUUAUCCAACUGAAUCUGCCAGGGAGGUGGUGAUUGGGUGCUGGUCAAAAAUAGCAAAGGCAUUAAUAAUGAGCAUAAUGCAAAUUGCAUCUGAUAGAGAAAUUGCCCCCCCCCCCUUGCACUGCACUUGGCCAAGACUAGAGUCACCUCUCCCCCUUCUUCCUAUAUCAAUCCAUCUCUGGAAGCAUGAUAUUAAUAAUUAAUAUUUACCUGCACCUUGCCACACUUGACAUUUUGAAUGCUGGGUGGGUUUAGAUUAUAAACCCCCAAUUUGACUUCACAUUUUAUUCUAAUUAUUGUUCUAAUCAUUGAUCAUGAAUUGCAAUGAUAUUAAACAUUAAUGCCAUUGUCAUCGUACUUUAAAUUUUGACUGUUUCUAAAAACCUGUCACAGAACAGGUUAUUAUAACUAUAGAUCAGUACACAACAGGUUUUAAUAGUUAUUUAAAUAGAUGAACAUAUUUGUUUGUGUUAAGAGUAUACUGUAACACAACAAUAAAUGAGCCUAAUAUAAUAUCAAUUUCUUAUUGUCGUGAUAAUUUAUUAGUAACUAUGUUAAUGCCAUUAUUUUGGUCUAUUUGUUUUCUACAAUUUCCAGUUUGGAAGUAUCACUCAGAGAGAAGCCAUAAUCUCAAGCUAUCGAUAUUAAAGAAAAAGCUUUUACAUUACUGCAAUCCUGCAGGGCCACCACUUGGAAACGAACACAAUGAGCCAAUGGAAUAUGCGCAGUUUAAACUAAAGCAAGUCCAAGUUGUUGCUCGACAUGGUGACAGGGCAUCUGUUGUCAAAAACUUUGCAAACAUGAUGCAUUUUAAUUGUGAUAUAACAUCUCAGAAUUUUCAACAUGCCCGAAAACUUGAAACGUUGAAGAAAAUGGCAAGGUUUUUAAAAACAGUUCAUGUGAAAGGACGAGAUGAACUUCUUACAGAUUUUAUGUUGACUGGGAGGAAAAUAUGUAGGCCAGGUAGGUUAUAAAUAGGUUUACAUUCUUUAAUUUCCAUUACAGUAAUUUGUAGAUGAAUUGCAAGCCCAACUGGUGAGCUAGGUGCAUGCUUUAACUGUCUUAAUAGUGUGAGCAACUAUGCAUACCGUUACUAUAAGAGUAAAAUUAGUGUGCAUUCCUCAGAACAAAUCAAAUAUUAAGUUAUUAUUGAUUUUUCUAAUAGUUUGUUGAAUGCUGUAUUAUAAUAUGCACAUAGAAGGAUCAUCAGUCAGAAUGCAUAUUUUUUGUUAUACUGAAGAUAUACUGGAAAUAUGAACUAAGUAUAGCUAUGAUUAUUAACCCAUUAAGCACCAGUGCUCUUCCCUUGACAAGUAAAUUCACCUGGCAUUAGACAGAGUAACAGGGGCGAUGGAAGCCCCCCUGUUAAAAAGUGAUUUUUUAGUGGGGCAGGGGCCUAAAUGUCUUUUAAUUGAUAUUAUUUCAGUUAUGCAUGUACACAAGACAAUUUAAGGUAUUUUAUAACAUUUUGUUACCUUUAGAACUGUAUAAAUCUCCUUGUAAAACGUUUGCAGGAAAUGGCAUUCGAGAGACUGUAGUUUCCCGGAUUGCCUACAAUGUCACCCGCUUUCGGCAGGCACUAAGUGUCCUAAGUGCACGCCUUCCCCCACUUUUAGAGCUUCUCUGACACCCCUGCAGAGUAAAAUAAUAAAGUAGGGUGCAAUGCAACUAGGGUGCAAAUAGACUUAAUAGCAUGCAAAACACUUACCAACAUGACAUAACUUUUAACCCAGGGUUAGAAUAACCUGCUCUUGGUAAAUUUUUUUCUGAGCCCAAUAGUAUUAAAACGAAAAAUUGUUAAUACUCACUAUAAUUUUCCAGGUCAGCUGACAGGAAGAGGCUACCUUCAACACAUUUAUCUUGGAGAGUACAUGUUAGAUAUGUAUGGUAAAAGAUUGGAUCUAAAUAUUGCUAGUGUUGAAGAAGAUGAAAUUGAGGUGUUUGCCACACCUAUAACACGUACUCAGCAGAGUGCAGCGGCAUUCAUAGCUGGUAUGCUUAAUAAGAUACUUAAGAAAAUUCCAGGUGCGUAUUUCUGUUUAAUGUAACCAUCAAACCAAUAAGCUAAUAUGUCAGUGAGUAAGAUUUUUUGCAUGGCAUGCCUUGUGAGAUGUCAGUUCCAACAUUCUCAGCUAUCAGUUACAGUAAAAUGUUUUGUCCGUUUCCAAUCAGAAAUAAGUGUGAAGUAUGAUACUACGUGUUCAUUAUUGAUGAUUUAAUGAUUUAAUGAUUUAAUAAUGUUCGACAACUACUAAAUUUAAAUUUUAACAAUGUAGUGCCAGGAUACUCGCCACAGUGUCCCCAAUUACGGCGAGUCCUUAUGCUUGUGAUGUUACUCUGAGUGUAUAUUCACACCGGGCAAGCUUGAAAAAUAUGCCUGGCCACGGUGGGAAUUGAACCUACGACCUUUGGAAUACUAGCUCACAAAGCAUCAUAUUCACCCGAGUACAUUACACCAAUACAGAGAAAUAUCACGAGUUGAUUAUUAUUAGAACAAUAUACAGGAUAAAAACCUCAUCAGUAUGUCAGUACUAUCCUUAAGAGUUCUGUGGUCUUAAAAGAAUAUACAUACUAAGACUAAGUUGAAAUUAUGGACAACGAAAACAACAACAACAACACCAGCAACAACGACGAAAGCAACAACACCAUGCAGCAACAACGAAAACAACAAAAGUUCAACGUAGAGCCUCGCGCCUUGCAUGACAGCAAAAACGGGGAGAAAUGCCCUAUGAAGAGCGUUGUUGUCUACUAAAAUGGCUAACACUUGAGAAAAGUAGAGAAUAUUUGUCACUUGUGGAAUGCUUCAAGUCGAUUCAUGGCUUAAAUGGUUUAGUGUUUGAAAAUUUUUUUGAAUAUCCAAAAGACAACCGAACUAGAGCAAACCAUAAGUACAAGUUGUACCUUAAAGCUGCAAAAAUAAACUGCUAUAAAUACUCUUUUUUGUUAGAGUAGUAAGUAAAUGGAACAAUCUUCCAUCUGAGAUUGUGGAAUCAAAUAGUCUGCAACAGUUUACGAACAGACUUAGAAAAUUAAUGGAUAUGUAGGUCAAGAUAAUUUUAUAAUUUAUUCGUUGUUCUUUGUAGAUGCAAUGUAAAGUUUAGGGAAUUGUCAUAGUAUAUAGGGUUAACCUCACGAUUUCCUGUUCAAGAUUUUUGUAAUGUUAUCUUGAAUAAAUUAUGUAUGUAUGUUUUACUAUAUUUCAGACAGCAAUUUGGAGACAUCUCUGGAAGUAAAGAUACGUGUAUCACCAGAUCAACUAGGAUACUUCAGAGAAGAUGAGAACAAUGAUAUUCCAUCUUGUUCAGAACUGGAGCAAAUUCUUAAGGAGCAAAGAGAUUCUAGUGAGUUUCAAAAUGGAAUGGCUGCCUUUGAACCUCUGAUGCAAAAGGUUUCUAAAAUAUUUAAUAUUUCAAUGGAGAAGCUUCCUACACUAACACAGUAAGUCUAGUACUUUAUUUUCUACAGAUGCACGAAGAGAAGCUAGAAACACGGGAAUAUAUGGACAGUUUUCCCCAUUGCCAUUCACUUAUGUGGAAUAUAAUGCAUUCCUCGAAGUCUCAAAGGGAACCCCUUUUUUUUCUUGGGACCCAAAAAUGAAUGAGGCUUCGGUGGUGCAGUCCUCUUAUUAUUCUUAUAGCAACCGCCUUUCACUUCUGAGAGUGUGGAUUUGACUCGACGAAGACUUCCUAUAGAUUCCCUGCUCUCUGAAAGACUCAUGAUAAGAAGAUUCCCUGCUCUCUGAAAAAUCAUGAUAAGAGUCUCUCAAAGACGGGGCCUAUCAGAGAAAUUCGGGGGCCCGGGGCGAAAAAAGGGUCAAAAAAAUUUUUCCGGACUAACGUUAAGGGUCAAAAAAAUUUUUCCCGACUGACAUCAGUUAAGGUUCAAAAAAUUUUUUCCGGACAAAUUCUUGUUAAAUUACAGGGGUACAUUUAGUAAAACCCUUUUUUUGUACCAAUGACAAAUCUGCAAAAUUUAGGUUCAGAAAAUUUUUUCUCAACCAUUAUUUAUUUCAAAAAGCGUUCCAAAUUAUUUUUUUUUUUCCAAAUUUGGGGGCCCCCCUUACACUGGGGGGGAGCCGGGGCAAAUUGCCCCCUUUGUGCCCCCCCCCCCCUUCUGAUAGGCCCUGCUCAAAGACUGUUGACAUGAUAGGUUGGGAUACAUAUAACUAAUACAAGUAGAUUAACAACGAACACACCAGUGCCCAGCUGCAGUUAAAUAUAUCUUGUGAAUAAUUAAGCUAUACCACCCAGGCUGAAUGAAUUAUCUUAAAAAAACUUAUGAAGAAUUCAGUGCGAUUGAUUUCACAGUGGCGACUGUUAAUUCCUUUUUAUCUUCCGGAAGCUUCCUUUCUAAAAUUCUUUAAGCCGUUUAAAUAUUAGGAAUCGUAUUUAUUAGGACUCAUAAGCCCCUAUAAAUACUAGCGCUGGUAUUUGGAGCAAAGCUAGCAUGUCAUCGGAAGAUUAUUUCUUGAUAGGUUUUGGGUUCGAUUCGUUCGACCUGGAGUGCUAAUUCAAUUAACCGAUUCUCAGAGUUGGGUAUCAAAUGUCACAAAAUCAUAUUUUGAUAUUUGUUGUUAUUAUAUUUUUAAUUUUGAUCGUGUAAUUAGUCACUCAGACUGCCCUUUCUGUCUUUGCUCCACACUGCGUUUCGCAGAAAAAAAACACCCAUAAAAAUGAUAUGAAGAGUUUCCGUGUCAUGUGCACUUAAACGUUUCACGUUUCUGGUUGUAGUUUGGUUGACGUGGUUGCCACUCAUUACUGUCAUCAUCAUCCACCUCCCUGCGGCCCGGAGGAAUGUAUCGACGAUGUUAUUAAACUGGAACUCCUCAAGGCCACAGACUGGGUAAUAGCUACUAAAUACACAGCAACUGCCACCCUCGCAACGCACCCCCUCCUCUCAAAGAUUGCACAAAGAAUGCUCGCCCACAUCUCUGGCAAAGGACCAACGAAAUUUGUUCUUUUCGCCACUCACGAUUCCACCGUCGCACCGCUGUUAAUCGAAAUGGGCAUUUUUCAAAACCAUUGGCCAGCUUAUGCUUCGAGAAUCGUUUUCGAGCUAUGGGAAGCAGGAGGCUUACUUGGAAGUAAGCUUACGGGCGACGAUAUAGAUAGGCAUUUUAUUAGAGUUUUAUAUGACGGACGUGAUUUUACCAGAAAACUAAAGUUCUGUAAAGAGAAGUUGAAAUUUGGAAAGUUGUGUCCACUAAAAGCUUUCGUUAAGGCUCUGGAGGGCGCCUCGGAUAGCAUGGAUGUUGAAUAUAGUAGGUUAUGCGCAAGGACUAGUGUAGGAAAUUAAAAAUUCCUUUUUUUUAUAUAGUUUUAUUCUUGCUGAUCG